AUGGCGUGGAUCUGGAUGCUCUCGGUGGCUGGAGCCGUCCUCCUGUGGGCGGUUUCCCUCGGGCGGAUCCUCUCCUCCCCGACGCCCUACUCCCUGCCUCCAAACCCUCGCUUCCUGCCCCCUCUUGGCGACAGGAGGAGCAGGAACGUGCUCCUGGUGCUGGCCCACCCCGAUGACGAGUCCAUGUUUUUCACUCCAACUAUUCUUUUCCUCAAGUCAAAAGGUCACAGCAUUCAUGUUUUGUGCAUGUCUCUGGGCAAUGCUGAUGGUCUUGGAGAUACUCGUCAAGAAGAACUAUACAAUGCAUGUGCGGCUCUUAAGAUUCCAGCUGAGCAAGUUGCAGUCUUGGACCAUCAAAAGUUGCAGGAUGGGUUUCAUGAGAAAUGGGAUCAUGGACUAUUAGCCGAACUUACCAUGGAGCAGAUCCAACUGUGGGAUAUCGACACAAUUGUGACGUUUGAUAUCUAUGGAGUAUCAGGCCAUCCGAAUCAUCGUGAUGUUCAUCAUGGCAUAUGCAAGCUUCUUCAUGAGAAUCAGCGAGGAAAUAUUGAAGCAUGGGAACUUGUAAGCCUGAAUAUGUUCCGCAAAUACAGUGGUGCAGUUGACAUUUGGUUGUCAUCUUUGAUCUCCUCAAGUUCAAAGCAACUGAUGUAUUGUCUAGUUAACUGUAACCCAUCCAGAACCUUUGAGGCAAUGGCUGCACACAGAAGUCAGUGGGUUUGGUUCAGAAGAUUGUUUGUUAGGCUCUCAAGUUACACAUAUGUAAACAUGCUCCGGAAAAUUAGCAUUUGA